AUGGAUUUACGUUACCAGUCAUUAAGUGAUCGACAUAACAGGUUCAAAGUCGACAUCAUGAUCAACGGAUUUGUAUUUGCUCAGACUCCCGACGGUUUCCCUUGGAUACCAAAAUAUGUUCAGAGCAACAAUAUUUUCGACGCUGAGAAUUCUAUGAAGAUGUUUGGAGAUUACCAGUACGGCAACAGAAAAUACCUGCCGGCUUUCGACCAUGCUAUGCAAUUCAGCAGAAGGGAUCUUGCGUUUUAUGAGGAUGGAUGGCAAACCGAUCUGUUAGGUGUUGCGUUCAAGGGUACAACUUGUUCCACACCGACUAUGGCGGUGUCCAUUAUAGAGGAUUCUUCGUACGGUACGACUGGACAGACAGCAUCACACGAAUUAGGCCACAGUCUGGGGUCGAGUCAUGACGGAGAUGUCGGUUGUAAUGAUGACAAACAAUACAUAAUGGCGGCUUUUACUGCUCCAUCAACGCAGAAUGUGGCAAGACAUAUGUGGAAGAUGUCGUCUUGUUCAUCAGACGCUAUUUACAAUUACUUAACCAGGAUGGGUAGCCGUGUAUGUACAAAGAAGAAUAGCUUUCCUAAAAAAGAUUACGAUAGGGACCAUGGUCUGGCAAGUGGAGGACAAAUAUACGACCUAAGUAGUCAGUGUAAAUUAAGACAGGGCAAAACAUCGUUCUUGUGCCAAGAAGCAGACCCUACAAUUUGCUCUAACGGGAUAUAUUGUAAAAUUGAAAACACGAACUACUGUCAACGUAUUCUGGCCAUGGAUGGUUCGGACUGCGGGCAAGGCAAGAUAUGUAACGAAGGCAAAUGCGUGCGUCGAUCCAAGGGUUCCGGCAAUCGUCCUCGUGCUUUGGAUAAUAUGAAUUCUGGGUUUUUGAAAUCGGGUGUGUAA